UAUCAACCGCAACAACCUCACUCACUCACCAGCUUUCUCCCCUCCACCUCCAAACCAUCCCUCAAUCCCACCAGUACAUCCCCCUUUCCCCAUCCCUCUCCAUCAUCCACUAACCCACCCACAGGUCCUCCUCCACUCCUCCACUCCUUUACCACCAUCCCAACCAAAGACCUCUCAACCCACACCCACACCCCUCAAUCCCCUCAAUCCCCUCAAUCCAUCUCCCACCAAUUCCAACUACAACACGAAAAAAUGAUAACAACCCACCUCACCUCCGUCCGCACAGUCUUCAACCCCUUCUCACCCGCCGCCAAAACUGCUCGAAUCUUCCUGUCCUUCCUACCCCCCGACGCGCGACAGACCAUGCAGGUCGUCACCAAACUACUCCCCCGGACGUCGAAGGAGAGGAGUUUGGUGGAGGUGAAGUUUAGUACGUCCUCUAUCUCUCCAUUACCCCCAUUCCCAACAUGAAUACCAACCCCAAAUGGAGGACAAGGACGAGGACAUAAUAUACCAGCACUUGGGACGAAGAUGGCAGGUAGAUGAACUUGGAGAGUACCCAGGUCAUCCACACUCCUCGCUCGGCCAUAUCAAUAUAGUAUCACAACAAUAUACUAUUUCAGUAUCAAUGCUAAUACACAUCUGCUGGUCCAACAGAAGACGGAAAAGAAAUGCGAUUGGACGCCGAGAAAUUGGGCAUCAAAGGUGUGGUGGAGGAAGUCGAUCGGCAUUCGAGGAUAUUAACGAGACAGGCUGAGUUGACGGAUAAUUGAGGAGGGUGAAAGAUGUUGGGGACGAGGGUCGGGAAUUGGUUUACGUCAAUGAUGGCAUGGGGGAAAUAGAAGGUUGCUGCUAUGAUAUGGGCUUGGAAUUCUAUGGUAUUUCAUAAUGGUGGAUUUACCACAGCGCGAAGGGAGAUGCGCGGGAUGUAUUAAGGUGGUUUCCAAACGGAGAAUUGUACUACGACUGUACAUUACAAAAUUACAAUACAUGGAAG